ACCGCUGGCAGCAUCAGGCGCUGUUCAAAAAUCUAAUUGAAAAACAACAAAAUGAAGAUGGAUUUAAAUGGAUCAAGUGACACCAGAUCAAGGCACACGACUUAUUCAACAGCUAGGUUUUCCUUGACAUUAAUUUUUAUAGUGGCAUCUCUUCUUGGGAAUGGGUUGGUUAUUUGCGCUAUUUAUCGUUUUCGGCGACUUCGUUCCUGUUCCAACUUGAUCAUUUUAAAUUUGAGUGUCGCAGAUGUCCUUUUUACACUUAUUGUGGCUCCGACAAAUGCCUAUUAUUGGUCUCAAAAGAAAGAAUCUAUCGAAGUUGUUGCCUGCUUUAUCACAGGUGCUCCAUCUUAUUUGCUCGGCAUAGUCUCGAUUUACACCUUGGUUUUCAUCAGUAUCGAAAGAUUCAUGGCAACUAAACAUCCGGUGAGACACAGGCUGGUAUUCAACAAAAAAAUAAUUCAAAUUGGCGUCUCUAUAAUAUGGAUAUGGUCCGGAUUUCUGUGUGGCCUACCUUUCGCCCUGUCCAGAUACGUGUAUGUUAAAGAAUUUUUCCACUGCAUGGUUGACUUGUCUGCCAGUAUGACAUGCACAAUAAUACUUAUUAUAUGUGCAUACUUUUUGCCUGGGUUGACUUUAACAAUUUGCAACUUCUAUGUUUUACGAGCUGCGCGAAUUGUCCAGCGGAGUCGUUCUUGUCAUUCAAAUUCUCCGGACAGAAAGAGUUCUAGCGCUAAGCUACGGUUCGCCAGGGAGCGCAAAGCAUCAUUUUGUAUCAUCGUCAUUGUGGCGACGUUUGUAAUUUGUUGGACACCGUACAUAAUUGGAGGAUUUGCGAUUCUCCUCCGCAACAACAGUCUACCAAAGAAGUUCAUGUCAGCUGCAGUAUUCCUCACCAUAGGAAAUGCCUCGCUCAAUCCUAUCAUUUAUGGAGUCAUGAAUAAUAAUUUUCGCAAAGCUUUUCGAGACAUUUUGUGUCCACAAAGUUUGCCUGUACGGCCGUCUUAAGUUUCUGGGAUUAUAUAUUUGUUUUUGUUUACUUUUA